UUUUUUACACUUGGCUUUAAGUUUUAUUUUUUUCCUUGAAAGGGUAUUUUCCAUUACAAUUUAACAGUGGCAGGGGCGCCUAGGUGGCUCAGUGGGUUAAGCCUCUGCCUUCGGCUGGGGUUGUGGUCUCCAGGCCCUGAGAUUGAGCCCCACAUCAGGCUCUCUGCUCAGCAGGGAGCCUGCUUCCUCCUCUCUUCCUGCCUCUCUGCCUACUUGUGAUCUCUCUCUCUGUCAAAUAAAUAAGUAAAAUCUUAAGAAGAUAUAUAAUUAAACAGUCGCAACUUAUAAAUACUGGAGAAAAUAUUAACUUUUAGAUAUAAUUUUAAUGGGGAUAGCUGCUCAAUUGGAUUGACGUAUUUCAAGUAUUUUGUUGUUGCAGUUUCUGAGAUGCAUCAGCAGUCACUAUGUAUGAUUCCUUUGUGCAUUUCUGUGAUUAUCAAAAAUAUUGCCCAUUUUAUUUCAUUCAUCUUCAAGUAGACUGAAGGAGUAAUUUUAAUAAUUUCUAAAUUUUCUAUUAUACCAUUACUAUGAGAUCCUUCUCGAUUUCUAAGGAAAACAUAACUUUCAAAAACUUUCCUUUUUCAUCAUGAGAGUCACUUAUAAAGUUUAGGUAACUUGGAUUCUGAAUUGAUAUGAUUUAUCCUACUUGUUAAGUAGGCCUCAUCCCUGUUCCUAAAAAUUACUCUUGGUUAGCUCUGAGAUAGCUCUGGGAUGAUCUGAUAUGGGGGAAAUAUUUUGUGUGGGAGGGAUAUGCAACACUUUUGUUCCUUGUGCCUUCCUUAAAUUCUGUGAAUUAACUAAGAAUUCAUGAAUGUCUAGGGCCACACAAAUUAGUGCUCUUUAGAUAGCAGGGAAUUGUAGCAGUAGAUUGUGUUAGAUAGCAGGGAAUUGUAGCAGUAGAUUGUGGACAAUGCCUCAAUUCAUUCAAAAGGAGCAUUUUAGUUUCUAAAUGCUUUUGUCUUUGUGGGAAACUGUGUGGUGAUACAUAGAAAAACAGAUCAUCAUGUGAUGCAGUUAGCUGGCAUGGGGAAAGGAGAGAGGAAAUAAUAUUGAGAAAGAUUCUGGGGAGAUUAUUUAAAAUACUGAAGCUUUAAAAUAAAAUUUGGAAAUAUCGAUUGACUUGAAACUGUGUCAAGCAUAUUUGGAUGCUGGCAUUAGGAAUACAUUCCAGAAUCAGAGUGAAACAUACUUUAAAUGUCUAAGAGAGCAGUAGAUAAUUUUUAUCCUAAUGUCACACUGAAAAUGUAUUUUUGUUUGAAUGGGCACUGGGUUUCUUUUAGAAAAUAGUAUUUCUGGUUAAGUAACUUAUUGUACAACAAUAUAAUAGAAGAAAUAAAUGGAAAAGCUCUUUAUCUACUGAUACGAAAUAAUUUCACGAUAUAAUGAGUGAAAAAAGCAAGAUGCAAAACAUAUUAUAAUGUAUAUUUACAUAUUGAAGGGAGAAUAACAUAUGUAAAAAUCUGCACUGUGCAAAACAUUUCUGGAAUGGUACACACAAAUAAACGUAACACUUAUUUCUCCUGGGAGAAAUGUAUUGUUGAAAGCAGAGAGGAGGACAGUAUGUUGUAAGUACCUUUUAAGUUUGGAGCUAUGUGAAUAUAUACCAUUUUAAAAACAAAUAGUCUCUGUAAAUUCAGAAAAGAAAUAUAUUUGCAAAACGUUUACAAGCAAUUGGUACGGUUCCACAGAAAACCUCUGGGUGUCGCUGUAGGUCAAAAAAGUGAGAGAAGAAGCUCUUGGGAGCCUCUUAGAGGGUAACUUCCUGCUCUAACCAGCCACUUAGAGGAGACCAGUAAAGAUUUAGAUACAGAAAACAAAAGCAGGAAGAGAGACCCUAUUUGGGCUUUGCCAUCCAAGGAGGACUUAUUUCUCCUCCCGACCAAAAAGCAGAGCCACCGUGGAGAGAGACAGGAUGAGGCAGAGCACAGAGAGGAGCAGCCCAGCGCUGUGGCGGCAGGUAUUGUUGGCUUUCCUACUGUCUUUGUUCCGCGGGGCUCUCCCGAAUCAAAUCCGGUAUUCAAUUCCGGAAGAGCUGGCCCAAAACUCAGUGGUAGGAAACCUCGCCAAGGAUCUGGGGCUCAGUGUCCAGGACUUGCCAGCCCGGAAGCUGCGGGUUAGCGCGGAGAAAGAAUAUUUUACUGUAAACCCUAAGAGUGGGGACUUACUUGUGAGUAACAGAAUAGACCGAGAGCAGAUAUGCGGAAAGAAGCCUCUGUGUAUUCUGGAUUUCGAUACUGUCGCUGAGAACCCACUAAAUAUUUUCCAUGUAGCAGUAAUAGUGCAGGAUAUAAAUGACAACACCCCGCUAUUCAAACAGAAUAAGAUUGAAUUAAAAAUUGUAGAAUCCACCAAGCCAGGUAAAACGUUUCCACUGGACCCGGCCCUGGAUUCAGAUGUUGGUCCAAAUUCACUGCAAAGAUACCAUCUUAAUGACAACGAGCACUUUGAUCUCACAGAGAAACAGACUGCAGAUGGACGUAAAUAUCCUGAGUUGGUUCUGAAACAUUCUUUAGACAGAGAAGAACAGAAUUUCCAUCAAUUGGUUCUAACAGCUGUGGACGGUGGGGACCCACCCCAAAGCGGCACCUCUCAGAUCCAAAUCCAAGUGACUGAUGCUAACGAUAACCCCCCAGUGUUCAUCCAGGACAUAUACAAGGUCAGCUUGCAGGAAGGUGUGCCCCGAGGCUUUUCCGUGCUUCAAGUAACAGCUACUGACCAGGACGAGGGUGUCAACGCAGAGAUCACCUACUCCUUUCAUAAUGUGGACGAACUAGUGGAACAGUUCUUUAACUUAGAUAAAAUAACAGGAGAAAUCACGACAAAGGAUGAUUUUGAUUUUGAAAUUGCUAAUAGUUACACUUUCAGUGUAGAAGCAAAAGAUCCUGGAGAUCUAGCGGCACACUGCAGUAUCCAAGUUGAAAUUGUCGAUGAGAAUGAUUGUGCACCUGAAGUGAUUAUCACUUCAGUGUUUACUCCCCUGCCAGAAGAUUCACCACCAGGAACAGUGAUUGCCUUAAUAAAAACAAGGGAUAGAGACUCUGGAGAAAAUGGAGAAGUUUACUGCCAAAUCUUGGGAAAGGCCGACUUUAUGCUGAAAUCUUACUCGAAGAACUAUUACAAGCUAGUGACACAUGGGCCUCUGGACCGGGAGGAGAUUCCAGACUACAACAUCAUUGUAUUGGCCACCGACAGGGGAAAGCCGCCCCUCUCCUCCAGGACUAACAUCACUCUGCACAUCGCAGAUGUCAACGACAACGAGCCAGUUUUCCAACAGCCUUUCUAUUUGGUUCACAUUGCAGAGAACAACCCUCCUGGAGCCUCCAUCGCUCAAGUCAGCGCCUCCGACCCCGACCUGGGGCCCAACGGUCGCGUCUCCUACUCCAUCGUGGCCAGCGACCUGGAGCCACGGGCGCUGGCGUCCUACGUGUCCGUGAGCGCGCAGAGCGGGGUGGUGUUCGCGCAGCGCGCCUUCGACCACGAGCAGCUGCGCGCCUUCGAGCUGACCCUGCAGGCGCGCGACCAGGGCUCGCCCGCGCUCAGCGCCAACGUGAGCCUGCGCGUGUUGGUGGGCGACCGCAACGACAACGCGCCGCGGGUGCUGUACCCGGCGCUGGGGCCCGACGGCUCGGCGCUGUUCGACACGGUGCCGCGCGCCGCGCAGCCCGGCUACCUGGUCACCAAGGUGGUGGCGGUGGACGCCGACUCGGGACACAAUGCCUGGCUGUCGUACCACGUGCUGCAGGCCAGCGAGCCGGGACUCUUCAGCCUGGGGCUGCGCACGGGCGAGGUGCGCACGGCGCGUGCUUUGGGCGACCGGGACGCGGCCCGCCAGCGCCUGCUGGUCGCUGUGCGGGAUGGGGGACAGCCGCCGCUCUCGGCCACGGCCACGCUGCUCCUGGUUUUCGCCGACAGCUUGCAGGAGGUGCUGCCGGAUGUCAGCGACCGCCCUGAGCCCUCUGACCCUCAGGGGGAGCUGCAGUUUUACCUGGUGGUGGCUUUGGCCUUGAUUUCGGUGUUGUUCCUCCUCGCGGUGAUUCUGGCGGUUGCCCUGAGCCUGCGCCGCUCCUCCAGCCCUGCCUCCUGGGGCUGCUUUCAGCCUGGUCUGUGUGUCAAGUCAGGACCUGUGGUUCCUCCCACCUACAGUGAAGGGACUUUGCCUUAUUCCUACAAUCUGUGCGUUGCCUCACAAUCAGCUAAGACAGAGUUUAAUUUUCUUACUGUCACCCCAGAAGUGACUCCCUCUCAGGAUCUCCUCUGUGAAGAUGUCUCUUGGGUACCAAACACAAAUCAUGAAGGCGCUGGGGUCCCGUUUGCAUCAGAUGUUAUUUUGAAGGUGAGCUUUAAUUUACUUGACUUAUUUUCACUUUAGGUGUCAGUGUUUGUUAACAAAUCACUGAACUGGGGUUUAAGUCUCAACUUCAUAUUUUGUCUUGUGGAUUCAAUUUAAGCAGUCUUCUGCCUUAAUUAUCUUAGUUGUAUCUAAUCAAAUCCCUAACAUAUGUUUUUGUCUGAUACAGGAGAUUAAUCUGUCCAUAACUACAGGCCUGUAUUACAUGAAAUACUUAUCUUUCUUCCUCAUCUUUAUAUUCCUUUCCCCUGAAAUGUCAUUACUGUAGGAAUUAAGCUAUUCCUUUCACCUUCAGGGUCUUUAUUACUCCAGUUUUAGUUUUACUUCCUCUUAGAAUUAUAGCACUUCAUAGUAAAGAGAUCUGUGUGGCUAGUUUGGGAAAACUGGGAACCAAAAAAAGAAAAAAAAUUUACUCAAUGUCAUGGCUUGCCAUCAUCAGGGCAUGGGUAGAAAUGAAUUGUAGACCAGCAUUCUAAGUGUCUUUUCAAGCUAAGUGUCUUGAUAUCUCAGAUCUGUUUUUAAAGGAAGGGCAACUUUUGAGGUCUGCAGUGUCUGUUUUAUGAGUGUAUUUAUUAAAUGGGAGAAAUCUUUUUCAUUCAUAGUAACAGAUUGCUUUUAUGAAAAAUUGUACAUUGAAAAAUUUUUGCAAACUGUACUCACAUUGUUUACUUAAAACCUUUUUUGAAUUUUCUAAUUAUAGAUAUGUCUUCAUUUUCUUUCUUUUCCAAUGAAGAUGUCAUUGGGUAAAAAUUGUUUUUCUCAUUUAAUUGACUCUCUGUAAUGUUCUCUUUUCCCAAUCAUGAGACAUUUUUCCCCCUGCUACCAUUUGAAGGUGAUAACAUUAAAUAUCUCUCUCAAUA